UCCAAGAUGAACAUUUCAGUAGCAACCGUGGACAAUGCCACACUGGAAGCACUGGUCAGCCCUAUGAUCAGUGUUGCUGUACCUGUCAUCUACAUUGUGGUGUUUGUCAUCAGCACUCCAUGCAAUUUCAUCGCCCUCAUCCUUCUCUGUGGCCUUACGAAGUGCACAACUCCUACACGGAUCUAUUCCAUCAACCUCUGCCUUGCAGAUCUGCUCUACAGCAUCAUGCUACCGCUCCAAGUGGACUAUCAUCUUCGAAGCAAUGACUGGAUCUUUGGCACGGUGGCUUGUGGGAUUUCAACAGCUGCCUUCUACUGCAACAUGUAUUGUACAAUCCUUACGACCUGUGCCAUAGCUCUGGAUCGAUAUUAUGGUGUUGUACACCCUUUGGAAAGUAGGUAUGUGCGAAGCACUCGGAAAGCCAUUCUGACCUGCCUCCUCAUUUGGACUGUUGUCCUUGCCUUCCAGAUCCCAUUUUUCCUGUACAGUUUUACUCGGUUCAUUCCUCAGCUGAAUGUUACCACCUGUUUUGAUGUGCUUCCUAAAAAGGCUUUCCAAGGAUGGAAAGGGUACCUCUACUUCACUGCCAUAUACUUACUGUUCUACGUGUUGCCAAUGGUAGUUUUAGUUUCCUGUUAUUGUGCAGUGGUCAGUGCCCUUAGACAGAAACCUGACAUAGGAUCCCCCCGUUCUUACAAGCGGACAAAAGCUUUGGUGACAGUUGCGGCCUGUUGCUUCAUCAUCUGCUACCUACCUGGUAUGAUUAUCCAGCCUAUCCAGAUGGUUUAUCGGAGUAAGGGUCGUAGUGUGUAUGCCUACUACAAGCUCACAUUGGGUCUCAACAGCCUUAACUGUUGCUUUGACCCUUUUGUGUACUAUAUUGCUUCCAGGGAGCUCCAGCAAGCACUGUCGAGGGUGCUUGUCCAGUGGAUCCGCUGCCCUAAAGUGUGCGGUUUUGGACGCAGCCGCACUGUAGGCGGCAGUAAUGCACAGAGCUGCGUUCAGGCCUCAACAAAAACCUGGCAGAGGAAGAUGUAA